AUGAAGUUCUCCAGUGCUGUAUCCGCUGCUGCUCUUGGCUUCGCCAGCCUUUCCUCUGCGAUCACCGUUAGCUAUGAUACCGGAUACGACGAUGCCGGCCGCUCAUUGAACUCGGUCUCCUGCUCAGACGGCUCGAACGGGUUGAUCACCAAGCACGGAUGGCAAACCCAGGGCAACGUUGCCGGAUUUCCUCGCAUUGGUGGCUAUCAAGGAAUCGCCGGCUGGAACAGCCCCCAGUGCGGUACUUGCUACGGAAUUACGUACAAUGGCAAGACUGUCUACGUCCUAGCUGUCGACUAUACCGGAAGCGGAUUUAACCUCGCGAAGGCAGCCAUGGAUGAUCUCACGAACGGCCAGGCUGCACAGCUCGGACGCAUCGAGGCGCAGUUUCAACAGGUCGAUGUCAACAGGUGCGGACUUUGA